UGAGACGAGAAAAACGUAGCCCCGUUGCGAGAUAAAACCGUGUUUGACACUGCGGCGUGUGGGAACGAUUAUCGACUAUUGUCUGCAGACCGCCAAAAUUGUAUUUAUCAUUUUCUUUACGCUGUCAUCGUUAGCGUCUCUAAAAGUGAUAUUCUAACCCGACUUAAAAUUAUUCGUCGAGCUCACAGCACUUGUCACGUCCACACCACCGAUUAUAGUUUUUGGUCUGCCAUCUAUUUCGCGUUUCAACUGAUUUUUCACAUCGUUCACAUAGAUUUAUUAAUUUCUAAGCUUAUAGUCACUAUGGAACAGUAUAUUGUAAGCAGUAAUAGUGCAUUAGAACUUAAACUCGUUCGUAAACCUAGUGACAUUAAUGAUCCAAAAGCAGCAUUUUAUCCAGACAUGACUUAUCAAGUAUUUGGAAAUAUGGAAAAAAUAUUUGGUUACAAAGACCUUGUUGUCAAAAUGUAUUACACUGCUUGUAGUCUUAAGCUGUAUAUUAACAUAAACUAUUCCUCAAAAGUGGAUUCAGAGAAAUUUGGUAUGAAUCCUGACAAUAUAAUGGAUAAACUUAAAGAUUACAUUACUCCAAAUUUCUAUACAAACAUUGACGUAUUUGAAAAGUGUUUGGAAGAUGAACCAUUGUUUAAGCCUUAUGGAACUCAACUCGAUCAAUUUAUUUUAAAUCAUAAUGAUGAAGACAAGAAAUUUGAAGUAUAUGUAAUUGAAGACGAGAACAAUGAGUUUAAAGAAUAUUUUGAUCAACUACAGACUUUUGUUCUAUGGUAUAUAGAUUCAUCAAAUACCAUUGAUUUUGAUGAUACUAAAUGGAAGAUAUUUAUCUUGUAUGAAAUUUUUAAGAAUGAAAAUGGUGAUUUGUGUUAUACUCCAGUAGGAUAUUCAACUAUCUAUGAAUAUUAUGCUUAUCCAGAUAAAAUCCGUCCAAGAAUUAGUCAAAUGUUAAUUCUACCACCAUUCCAAAGGAAAGGAUUGUGUGCUAAGCUACUGAAUUCCGUUUACAAACAUUAUGCCACUAAAUCAGAUGUUAUUGAUAUUACAGUUGAAAGUCCAAACGAUGAAUUUCAACUUGUUCGAGAUUUUGUAGAUGUUACUAAUUUUCAUAAUCUAAAAACAUUUGAUGAAGUAAAACUAAAAAAACUACAUUAUCAAGAAAUGGUUGAAGAGUUUAAAAAUCUUUACAAAAUCAACCAGAAACAAGUUCGCCGUGUUAUAGAAAUUAUACUACUAAAAAUUACCAAUCGGCAAAAUAAGGAUGAAUAUGAAAAAUAUAAGAAAUUUGUAAAAGCAAGAUUGAAUUGGCCAUUUCAAAAAAAACCUACCAAACUUAUGUUGGCAAUGCCAGCCGAAGAAGCUGAAAAAAUUCAAAAAGCUGAUUCACUUGUAAAAUUGGAAGAUUUAGAUAUUGAGUAUAAUGAAUUAGAACCAUCAUAUGAUAAAGUAAUCAAGCGAUUAGAAGUUAGCCCUAAUGUAUAAAUAAUUGUCAUAAAAAACCAAUUUUUAAUUUUUUGUAUGUUAAAUAUUUUUCUGUAUUAAUUUUAAUUAUAUUCAACUUAAAAAUAAA